AUGAACAAUGGCGUUGUAGACCCUGACGAUGCCAUCAUAGUCAAUCAAGGAAAUGCGAAUAUUUUGGUCAGGUACGGGGAUCGGAAGAGCCGUCUUGACCGGUGCUGCGUGCGAUUCCGAAGCCUUGAACAAAAUAAUACUUAUACUUUAAAAAACUUGCAAUUCGUCAAGAAUUGCGUUGUACCACUCCUUGGCGAUUAUCUGGUUGCAGUUACCAGAUUUCAGCGGAGUGUUUUAGAUUUGAGAAAUCUUUUGACAGAAUUCAAAGUUGAUGUAGACAGCCAGAAAGUUGAAGUCUUGGAAAUGGAAAAUUUGACCUACGAUAUGGACUCAGUAGUUAGAGUGGACCAUUUUACCAAAUUUCAUAGGUGCAAGAUCAGCGAACAUUGUGAAACCAUUGUGUGGGAAUUCAAGCCCAAGUGGAUGACCGAAAAAGGCGAGAAUUGUCGCAAUUGCAGCCUUAAUUGCUUUAAGGGCCGCAAUAUUCCAUAUUGCUAUAACAUGGUCCUGGAACGGCCCUCAAUCCUGAGAAAGUGGCUUGCUGCAUUCGAUGUGCCAUCUCAGUUCUUCGAUGACAUGGAACUAUAUUUCAGUGGCCCCGAUAACGUCCUGGCUACUAUCUAUGGAGCACAAAGCAAGCUUGUCGAUUUCGUUUCACCGCCCGGCGAACUGACGGGCGAAAACGACGUUUCGGAAAAAUUGGCCCUUUUAAUGACUUUGCGGGAUGUUACGUGCUUUCUUAGGUGGGACCCAGCGUCAGGCAUUAGCGCCAAAAUUGUGGACGUAGACCUGAAGCCAAAGUCUAAAUGGAAACAAUGGAAGGAUCAACAAGAUGUUUUAGACGCAAGUCAUGUUCGAGUCUGCCAUUAA